GAGAGCCCCCUCCCCCCGCAGACUACAGCCCCAGCCAUGCCGUGCAGCGGGGCACAGAAGCUUCCCGGUUGCACCAAUGAGCCGCUGCGCUCCCACGGUUUAGGCUCGGCGAACGGACGCUACGGAUAGGCGCGGGCUGCAGGAAGCACCUACAACCUCCACGCGUGGGAAAUUCAAGAUUCCCAUCGCCGUUGGACAUUUCACAUCGACCCAGCAACACUUCUUGACGGCGGGUCAACAAGACGAAGCAGACGAACCGUGUUUCUGUUCGCCUCUCGGGCCGGACCAAUCAAUCAUAAAAGAACAGGUAGGAUGGCCGGGACAGUGUUCAAUUGCCUGCUGCGUCCAGCGCGGACGCCGAGGGUCUCAAUUGGCGGCGUGGCCCAGAAAUGGACGGCGGCGGCAUCCCAAACCCCCCCAACAUGCCGAGCUGCGACAUUAUCGACACCCGCGGCGGCCAUACGGCGGGCUGGGGCAGCCCGCCGGCCCAUUUCGACGUCGCGGCCACGACGCGCACGGCAGGCCGCCGACGAGCCGGGCUUCACCUCGGUCCUCGACAACCCCCCAGAACUGGUCCGGUCCGGUCGCAGACACGGCCCAGGCCUGAUCAUCCUCGCCAUCAUACCGGUCACGGCGUUCAUCCUCGGCACGUGGCAGGUGAAGCGGCUGGAGUGGAAGACGGAGCUGAUCGCCAAGUGCGAGGACCGGCUGGUGCGGGCGCCGCUGCCGCUGCCGCCGCGCAUCGAUGCGGACGCGAUCCCCGACUUCGACUACCGGCGGGUGUGGACGACGGGGCGGUACCGGCACGACCAGGAGAUGCUGAUCGGGCCGCGCAUGCGCGACGGCGAGCAGGGCUACAUGGUGGUGACGCCGCUGGAGCGCGAGGGCGGGCCCGAGACGACGGUGCUCGUGAACCGCGGGUGGAUAUCCAAGGACAAGGCCGACAAGCGCAAGCGCAUGGACAGCCUAAAGCCCGAGACGGUGCGCGUCGAGGGCAUGCUGCGAGAGCCGUGGAAGAAGAAUAUGUUCACGCCCGACAACAACAUCGAGAAGGGCGAGUUCUACUUUCCCGACGUGCACCAGAUGGCGCAGUUGACCGGGAGUCAGCCCGUCUGGAUUGAGCAGACUAUGGACCCCGACAUUCUUCAGCUCUAUGACUACGUGGCGCGCGGUAUCCCCAUUGGCAGGCCUGCCGAGGUGAACCUGCGUAACAACCACGCCCAAUACAUUUUUACAUGGUACGGCCUUGCUGUGGCAACCUCAAUAAUGUUUUGGCUGGUGGUCAAAAAGCCGCCAUCCGACAUAACUCGGCGUGUUCGUAUGAACAAGAGCUGGUAAAAAGUGAUCGGCGCUGUUUUCACAGUUCAGGUAAUCUCUUUGUCCUCGUUCCCGCCACUAGCCUUACGCCGUCUCUUCGUUGGAGCAGGGGGUGUCAUGCGCAGCUCUUGAAGUAAUUCCCUUGGCAGAUGGCGUUGUGCAAGAGCAAAGGGCGUGGUAUGGGGGUUAGUUUGGCGUUGUCUGAGGUAGAUAGGGUCAGUCAUGUAAAAAAAAAACACACUGUUAUAUAGUAUAUACAUCGUAAGAUACCCUGUCCGA